AUGGAGGAAGGGUCGAGACAGUUUACAGAAGCAAAAACCAAUGACAUGGGAGGAUUAGCAGACGAAGAGGAAAGAGAUGUAGAAAUCAACUCCCAAACCCAGCCUCUUCUCAAGAGAAACAGAACACUUUCGUCCAAUCCACUAGCCAUGGUUGGAGCCAAGGUUUCUUAUAUUGAGAGCUUGGACUACGAGAUCAACGAGAAUGAUCUCUUCAAGCAUGACUGGAGAAGCAGAUCAAAGGUCCAAGUAUUGCAGUACAUAUUAUUAAAAUGGACACUGGCCUUCCUAGUUGGGCUUCUAACUGGUAUUAUUGCCACCCUAAUCAACCUUGCAAUUGAGAACAUUACUGGGUACAAAUUCCUCGCAGUGGUUCACUACAUUGAGAAGAAAAGGUUCCUAAUGGGAUUCAUUUUUUUUACCGGAGCUAAUUUUCUUCUUACCAUGGUGGCCACAGUUCUGUGUGUGUGUUUUGCACCUACUGCAGCUGGGCCUGGUAUACCUGAAAUCAAAGCUUAUCUCAAUGGGGUAGACACUCCCAACAUGUUUGGUGCUACAACACUAGUUGUCAAGGUGUGUGGCUUUCAGAUAGAACGUUAUCACUUCACUUUCAUUACUAGUAACAGUCAUGAGCUUCAGUUUGCACAGAAGAUAAUUCAAUCAUCGAAGCAUCUUCUAGACUGGGAAAUACAAAAAUCUUUUCUUAUGUAG